AUGUCUACUGUAACCAAAUACUUUUACAAGGGUGAAAAUACAGAUUUGAUUGUCUUCGCUGCAUCCGAAGAGCUUGUAGACGAAUAUUUGAAAAAUCCAUCAAUUGGUAAGCUAUCUGAAGUUGUCGAACUCUUCGAAGUUUUCACUCCUCAGGACGGUAGGGGUGCCGAGGGUGAGUUGGGCGCUGCCUCCAAGGCCCAAGUGGAAAAUGAGUUCGGUAAGGGCAAGAAGAUCGAAGAAGUUAUCGAUUUGAUAUUGAGAAAUGGUAAGCCAAACUCUACCACCUCUAGUCUCAAAACCAAAGGGGGUAACGCCGGAACCAAAGCCUACAAUUGA